AUGGAUACCAUCGUACCUUCGGCCAAUGCCACCUUUCCCUCGUCGGACGGCGUUCUCAAGUCGGUGAGCACCACCGUUACCGAGAUCAUCGACAGCAUCGACCUCAAGAGCCCGGCCGCCCACGCUCUAGAACUGUCGUACUUGGAGCAAGCCAAUCCUCGUGGAUACACUCGCCCAAUGUUCUUCUUCCCCGCAGUCAAGGACGUAGACCAGAUGGAAGUGGUUGAAAUUUUUCGCAAAGCCCUGGAACCAACACUCAAAGCAAUUCCGUCUUUGGCUUGCGAGAUUGUGCCAGUUGAAGAUGGCAAGACGCCGACUGGAAGGACGGCUCUCAAACAUGGCAAGUUUGGUUCGUUGAUUGUCAAGGAUGUUCGCGGCACUGGCUUCUCAUACGAGGAAUUGCGAAAUGAAAAGUUUCCACAAUCACGACUGGAUCCUGAUGUACUUUGCGCCCGUAAAGUCUUCCCUGUGCCUGGCGAGACACAACCCGCUUGGGUACCUCAGCUGAACAUCAUUGAUGGAGGGUUCAUUCUUACUCUCCACAACCAUCACACACUGUACGAUGCUCAAGCCAUCAAUGAGAUUCUCAGAGUGUGGUCACAGAAUUGUCGGCAUGUCCAGAACAAGGCCGUAUCUGCAUGCAGUUCUCUCCCUGCAGAACAUUUCGAAAGGUCUGCUCACAUCACCACUCGUGCUCCCACAACAGACUCUGGCAACCCUGAGGAACAUCCCGAAUUCGUCGUCGCUCCUUUCACUCUAUCUUGGCCCGAGGCUGUAUUCAGAGACACGCAUAGACAACGCGUCUACCGUCUGUCCCCCAAAGCCCUGGCCGAACUCAAGAAUGACUGCACCGAACCCGGCGACUCUUGGAUCUCAACCAACGAUGCAGCAACAGCACUCAUGUGGCGAUGCAUCAUCCGCGCACAAACCGAUCUCAACACCAUCCCUGAAGACGCCAUGUCCCACCACAUCGUCGUUGUUGACCUGCGUUCUCGCUCUGACCCACCGUUGUCCAGACACUACCCAGGAUGUCCGAUGAACUAUGCUCGACCAGGCAUGAAUCUUGGUCAACUCUGCAACUCCACUACGCUUGCUCCGCUUGCUCGCGCAAUCAGAAAUGCAGUCGAUGAACGCACGCCCGAGUACACGAAAUCAGUCAUUACUCUGCUCAACAAUAUUCCUGGAUAUGGCCACUUUGCAUGGACGUCUUUUGGCUCUCUGCUUGGCACCGAUUGCAUGACUUCCACAUGGUACAAACUCGAUAUCCUGGACCUUGAUUUUGGUCCUGCAAUUGGACAGAUCGAGAGAGUAAGGUUUCCAACUGGAGGGCUGCUUAAUGGGCUUAGUUUGAUCUACCCGCAGAUCACUAGAGGUGACCAGGAGGAUGUGGGUAUGGAGAUUGCGGUUGGACUUGAAAAGCAGUAUUUUGACAAGUUGGACAAGGAUCCGGUUUGGUGCAAGUAUGCAGAGUUGACGGAUCCCGGGUAUGACUCUACAUAUGGUGCCGAUGCGGCUCGCUCACCCCUGAGGUCUGCUCUGCAAAAAGUGUUNGACUACUACAUCGAGUCUGAAACAGGGAUUUAUGAGGCGCUGCGCUCGAGUUCUGCAUCUGANAGAGCGACUGUCAGACGACAAAACACUGAUAUCGCUCUCCAAAGUCUCAAAGCAUUCUACAUCAUUUUGGAAACCUGGUCGAUUGAGAGACCAAUCACUCUUGAGAUACGUCUCACUAAGGAUAUCAGCCUGACCACGGCUUCACUUAACACUGUCCCCGGGACAGAGCUCGUCAAUCGUUUUGUCAUUGACCGCAGGGUCAUGCGAACCACGGCCUUGUUGACUUCACUUGCCUCUCGGAUGGCCGGCUUACAGGAGAUCCUAUGGGAUCUGGACGACUGGGACGUGAGUAUAAGCUUGGUGGUCCGGCGAAAAACGCGCCACGAUCUCGCGAAGCAGUUGCAGUCGCUUGCGGACAGCUGUCCCUCCCUUCAAGUAACUGAUCUGCGAUUUGACAACAACAUCCCCAGUGACGAGAAUACAGUCGUGCCCAGUAUCCUGCUGCCACAUAACCCAGUCGAUCAUCUGAGUCGAUGUAUCCAGCGAUUGUCGCUGAUGACCAAAUUGAGAACUCUCGUUCUCCGCGACAUUGUCACUUCAGCACAGUUCUUGCAGCCAUCACAGUCNACCAUCGAAUCGAAUCCGGCUAUAUGGCCAUGCCUCAAUCAUGUAGAGAUCAAUCUUCACCCAACUUUCGCAGACGGCGGAUGGCUCUUUGACGUGGACUCGAAUCCUGGUAGCGACGAUGCCAAUUCUCCUGGAUCUGAUGAAGAGGAUGACGAGGGUCUGGUUUGUCGACGGAUCAGAAUGGCACGCCUGUACAAGGCUCAAGAGGAGGAGGCCAAGAUCACCGAUCUUGAUCAAGAGUUUGACCCUGAACCUGCUCACGGUAGCGAUGACCCCGACGACACGCACUGGGCCGAUGAUUUCAGAAUUUGGCCAUCAGAAAAACUAGAAGCCAUGCUGGUCGAUAUGGCGUACUCGGAUGCACAAACGUCUGCUUUGAAAGUCUUCACCGCUGGCUCUGAUAUGCCACAUACGAGCAGAGACAUCGAAGAAGGCUAUUUUGGCGAGUACCAAGGUCAUGGCGUAUGA